UAAUAAUAAUAAUAUUAUGCCGAAAACUAAAAAGUCUGCCCAUAGCCAUUUGCAAGCGCGUUUGAGCAGUGCGCACGAGUGCGGUUUUGUCGCCACAUCCGUUCGGUUUCGUUUAUCUGUAUAAUAUAUUUUCGUUGAUUUUUUUACGAUUCGGAAAAUCGCGUGUCGCGUGUUGCUACAAACGAUAGUGCGCUGUACACGGACGACGCUCGUGCGGAGCCCGCUGAACGAAUGUCAUAAUAAUCAUUAUUGUUGUUGAUCGCACACACAUGGACACGAAAGUCGCACGAGAGUCCGCCACCGAUAAGUCGCGAUCGUUUAAAAUACUUCCGAGUAUACUGCAGCAGUAUUAGUGACCCGAACCCGGAAGACAGUGACCGAGUGGCAGUAGGUACAUCGGCGAUCACGAAAGAUAUUUGAUUUCUAUGCCUGGUAGUGAUCUUCAAUCAGAAGAAGACAUGUUAGACGGACUUCAACUUCGUGGACGAUCUUUUGAAGUUUCAACUGACCACUCAAGAUCUCCUAGCACAGAAGACGGUUCAUUUUAUCACCCAGACAAUAAUAACGUAUCCGAAGACGACGACGAAAAUGUUAAAAGCGAUUCGGAGAGCUCUGACGAGAAAUCGCGAAGGCCCGUGGCGGGCAAGCGAAAACGACGGACGAGCAUAGACGAAGAUGACGGCGACGAACCGACCGCACCAAAAACGAGAAAAUGUCGCAGGAGCAUCCGGCAAAGGCAAUCGGUGGAGGUGUUAACGGCCAAAGACCGAAACAUGCGAAGGCUGGAGAGCAACGAACGGGAACGACUACGCAUGCACUCAUUAAACGAUGCUUUCGAGAAACUGCGCGAAGUAGUGCCUCAUGUAAAAAUGGGACGUAAACUAUCAAAAUUGGAAACAUUGACAUUGGCAAAAAACUACAUAAUGGCAUUGACUAACGUCAUAUGUGAAAUGAGAGGCGAGCAAAAACCAUUUACUUUUGACGAUCCCGAUCAAGCCGAAAAUGACUAUGCAUCAAGUAACGAUGGUGGAUUCGAAUCGGGUAAUAGUACAAAAACUACCUCGAAUUUAGAACAAGAGCUACUAUCAUCGGACUAGUAAAAACCGUGCGGCGACAAUUCCAUUUCCUAUAUUAUUAUAUUAUACAAACCGAAUAUGUUCGUUAGUGUACAAAUAAAACUAUUUUUUUUUUUUUUUUACCUAAUAUAGGUAGUUUAACAAUGAGAUUAAUUUUUGUCUUGAUAUUUACCAGUAAUUAUUGUUAUUAUAAUCAUUAUGAUUAUUAUUUGCAUUUCUAUUUAAGUAUUAUAUCAUUCUUCGUAUUAUUAUUAUUAUUAUUAUAAAAUUUGUUUAUAAAUUAAGGAUUAUAUUAAUAUUAUUAUUUUUAGUACUUAUAAAAAAAAAAGUAUAAAUACCUACUUUUACCAAUCCUAAUAAAUAUUAAAUGUGAAUAAUUAUUUAAGCACGUUA